AUGGCUCACUCGAACGAGUUCGCCCCGAUUAUCAAAUCGUUCCUCGACACGGAUGCCUACAAACUGCACAUGCAGCAGGCCGUUUUUCACCAGAACCCAACCGUGACUGCGGCCUACAAGCUCAGCUGCCGUGACAAGGAUGUCCACCUUGGCAUCUACGCGGAUCGGGUAUACGCGCAUGUGCAGCAGAUGGCCCAUGUGCGACUGACCGAAGAGGAGUGUGCCUACUUGGCAACGCUGCCCUACUUUAAGGAGGACUACCUCGAGUACCUGCGCGGCUACCGCUACAAGUCGGAGCAGGUGCAGAUUCGCACCGUGCUGCCGACGAUGGCAUGCGAGAAGAACGAGUUCGGUGAGGACGGCUCCGACCUGGAGGUGACGGUGGAGGGGCCAUGGGUGGAAACAAUUCUGUGGGAAAUCCCGCUACUGGCGAUCGUCAGCGAGGUCACCCAACGCAGCCGCCACUCCCGCGUGGGUCCGGCCGAGGCGCUGGCGAACUUGCACGAGAAGUUGGAUCUGUUUUUCGCUAAUCACACGGAGGAGGAGCUUGCCACUUUCAAGGUCGCUGAGUUUGGCACGCGCCGGCGCUGCAGCCAGGCGGUGCAGGAGGUGGUCGUGCGAGCGCUGAAGGAGGAUGCGCGAUUCGGACCUCGCCUCGUGGGCACGAGUAACUAUGAUCUGGCGCGGCGCCUUGGCCUGCCGCCUGUGGGCACUCAAGCGCACGAGUGGUUUCAGGCCUUUCAGCAGCUCUCUUCAGAGCUGCGCCGUUCCCAGAUUAUGGCGAUGGACCACUGGCUACAGGAGUACCCCCAGUGUCUCGGCAUCGCGCUAACGGAUUGCAUCACAAUGGACGCCUUCUUGAAGGACUUCGACGCGCGUCUGGCGAACGCCUAUCAGGGACUGCGGCAAGACUCGGGUGUGCCGACGGAGUGGGGCCAGAAGGCCUUGAAUCACUACAAGCUUCUCGGGAUCGAUCCCCGCACCAAGACUCUCGUCUUCUCAGACGGGCUCGACUUGGAGAAGGCGGCGGAGUUAUACAACGGCUUCAAGGAGGACAUAAAUGUGCUAUGCGGCAUCGGUACGCAGCUGACGUGCUCCAUUAAAGGAGUUCGCUCGAUUAACAUCGUCAUGAAAAUGGUCCGAUGCCAGGGCAGGCCAGUCGCGAAGCUGUCGGACAGCCCCGGGAAGAUCAUGUGCGACGACCUCGAGUACGUCGAGAAGCUGAAGGAGGCGUUUAACGUGUAA